CGAACUUUAAGUUCAUUGCUGCAUUUUCACUCCUGGAGAUAACGAAAUGAAAUUUAUGCAAGUUGACUAAGCAGUGAUAGGACUGUGAAGAUGUUUGAAAUAAACAAGAGGCUAUUGCCUGUAAAAGUUCAUUAUUUUUUAUUAAACGGCGCACAUUCUGGAGUGAUUCCUUUCGCCACAGUGUAUGCUAAACAAUUAAGAAUACCAGCAAACGAAGUCGGAGUCAUAUUUUUCUUUGUGUCAUGCUUAACUCUGAUAUCGAGAACUUUCCUCGGAGGCAUCGUAGAUCACUUUCAAAAAUUUAGAACCGUCCUGUUUGUUUUAAUUAUCAUCGACAUAGCUGCAGACUUGGGGCUUAAUUUCAUCCCUCGCCCUUACCACCAAGUGCAAAAGGAGCACAACACAAAUAUUUUUUGCGACGAAGGAACUUCUUACCUCGUCAAAUUUGUUAGUGAACGCUGUGGAACAGAAUUAUUGAGCAACAGCAGCAUUGACUGUUACAGCUGUACUGUAUGCCAGAAUGAAAGUGAAUACUGUUCAAAGAAUUCCACCACCUCUAAAAGCAUCCGAAGGCAUGACUCAAAUGACAUUUUGACAGCGCUGUUAGACCGAUGCACAGCAAGCAACUCUUCGAGCUGCAACGAAGCAUGCUAUGGUGUAGCAUCAGGAAGUCUUCUAGGAGGAUUCGCAAUCGACAUUUACGGAGGACGAGAAACAUUUUUCUGGGGAGGAAUCUCACUAUUGCUUGUGGGAGUUGUACACCUUGUAAUGAAUGCUGCGUUCAACUGCAAAAUUGCAAGUUCAUAUGGGAUUACAGAUGAAGUACCUCAGAGAGUGCCUUUAAAAGGAAUUGAGAGAUGACGAAGUCUUUAUUUUCUAGAAUAAACAAGCUUUUUCAUUUGGAUUACAAUCUUAGUCUAGUGCACAAAACUUUUAAUUUA